CCUGCGAGCUUGCACUGGUGCUGUGAGCCCACCUGCCCGUCUGCAGUGCCGCUACUUGCUCUCGCAGCCACUCUUCACGGCCUAACAUGGCUGCCACCCAGCAGCUGCCCAUGCAGUCGCGCACUGGUCGCGUGAACCAACGCUACGGUUCUCAGGGCGAGCGCCUAGUCGCGGGUGUUGUUCCGCUCUCCGCCGACAAAUACUACGUGCUCCUAAUCCAGUCCACACGGCGUGGCGGCUGGGUCCUGCCCAAGGGCGGCUGGGAGUUGGACGAAGCAACUGCCCAAGACGCCGCCAAACGUGAGGCAUGGGAGGAGGCCGGCAUUAUCUGCAAAAUCAGCUACGACCUCGGCAUGAUCCCCGAGAAACGGAGAGCCGACCAGCUCACAGCCACCGCGCCCAAGGCCUCAUACCACUUCUUCGAGGCCCUCGUCGAGAAGCAGGAGGCGCAAUGGCCUGAAAUGCACAAACGGUCGCGACAAUGGUUUACAUACAGCCAGGCACGCGAGGCGUUGGCGCCAAGGCCUGAGCUGCUCGAUGCCCUCGACAGGUGCACCAUGAACCGGUAGAAGGUGCUCGGGUGCCUGCAGGCGCAGCAGUGCACUCUGCGCGCAGGCACCACAUGUGGCGUGACGGAGCAUACCCCAUUCGGACAUUUGAGUCCUCCUUGUCUUUUAAUACCACACCGCGGGUGUCAAAAAAGCUACGGCACGUAGCACUAUAGACUUUGGUCUGGUCCCGUUCGGCAACUGGCGUUGUGGUUGCUCUUCUAUUGGUAGAAAGAUGCAUAUGCGGCUCUCGUGUUCUGGGCCAUUGCGGCUCGCAUCAAUGCAAUUUGGCCAAUGCCGAUCGC